AUGUCCUCUGAGCACUAUGGAAUGCGGAUGUCGACAUCUUCGGGCUCGCGCUCAGCCUCUGGCGCCCUACUAGCGAGUCCCCCAAUCGAAUUAAAUAAUGAUCUUGACCCGUGCGCCGCGACCGCAUCUCUAUUCCUAUUCACACAAGGCCCGACUAUCGUCGCCAUACAUCAUGACAGCUUGGCUGUUGAUCGGAAGUUUCACCGUCAUCGAGACGACGUCCAGAUAAUAGCCGUCGACAAUGUUAGCGAAAGGGGGGCCGGCCGCUUGGUGGUUAGUUAUGAUAUUGGCCAUACCGCGAUAAUAUGGGACCUCUUUACUGGCCAAGAAGUUACUCGCUUUGCUUCAUUUGAGCCGAUCCGUGUCGCCGCUUGGUUGCGAAAUGGACAUGUUGCUUUCGGAAACGUCAAGGGUGAAAUCAUAUUGUUUGAGCCAUCAACGUCUGAACACAAAUCCGCUCGCACAAUAUUCGAUCCAAUAACUGCAUUGGCACCAACAGUGGAUUGCAAUACGUUUGCCAUAGGGUACCUUAACGGUUCGAUUCUAAUUGCGACUCUUCUACCAACGUUUACCAUUCUACAUACGCUCACAACCACUAGAGGGCCGUCGCCUGUAAUAUCCCUCUGCUGGCAUGCCUCGUCAACUAAGCAGAAAACCGAUAUGUUAGCAUCGCAAACUAUCGAUGGUGAUUUGUUUGUUUGGAGCGUAGCUAAGCAGCCCUCCGCGGAGUCACCUCGGGUUAUAAGAGCUUUGAAGAAGUCGGAAUCGAAUAAUUCCAGCCCCAAGUGGCUAGCUUGGUCAAAGAAUGGUCGUAUCGUUCAACACAACGAUGGGGAGAGCCUGGCAUGGGAUGUUAGGACCAAAAAUGUCUCCUAUGAAACCAUACCAACCAUCCAAGGAGUACAAGGAAUUGCAAAUUACGGACCUACCGCCACCCUUUUUACAUUGGGCCCGAACCACACUGUCCAGCAGUAUGAUGUAGCCAAUGCCACGAUGGUCGCGAAUGCCCAGCACCUUCCACAGAAAACUGAUGCACCGAUUGAGCAGCCGCCAGUUGCUGAGACUGCGCUAACGAUCGAGACUUUGGCAAAACACACGGCAUCGGAACAAAAGCAUAAAGGUCGUCCUUCACAGGGUUCCUUACCAGGCGUCGAAUCGAAGCUUGACUUGGUUCGUGCUGAGGCCUCAAAGAGCCCAGGAUCUGGAUAUAGCAUACCUAUUUCCAAUGGCUCUAGGCCUCGUAACCGCACACCAUAUGCGCCACGUCCUCCUGGAUCUAAUUAUAGCGGAACGGCAACCACGUUUUCCCUAGGGUCCCCCAGGCCAUCUAUUGCGGAAACCCUUCACUCAGGCUACUCAGCACGUUAUGCAGCAUCAGUAAACUCCACAGAGUCUACAAUGUCCAAGCUUCGCACUGUGUCUAUCCCUGGCAUCUGGGAUGACCCAGUUACCGAUCUCUUCCCGUAUAUACGUGCUCGGUUGAACAGUGUAUCGAUCAAUCCGUCUCGCAGAUUUGAUGACCCAAAUCUUGGGCCUGACGAACUGCGAAGACAAAUGUUGACUGUAGUGUUCGGAUGGGAGGGAAAUAUUGAAGACCUGAUACGGAGUGAAUUUAAACAACAUACUUAUGGCUCCCAGCAUUCUGCCAUUUUAGCAAGAUGGCUACUUCCGUCAGAUUCCAGCAUAAUGGCACCUAUGGUCGAGGCAUCGACCUCCUCAUAUGUUAACUGGAUGAUAAUAGCACUUAGCUUGUUGACAAAGAAGGAAGGGUCAAAAGAGCCUGGCCAGGCACUUGCGAAGAAGCUUUUAGCUUCCAACGAUCCUCAUGCAGCGGUUGCAGUGUUGAUGGGUAUUGGAGAAGGGGACCUCGCAGUUGAACUCUAUGUGUCCAGAAACCAAUUCAUGGAGGCUGUGCUAUUAAGCUGCCUUUUGACCCCAGCCGGAUGGUCCAGGCAAUCCUAUCUUAUCCGCAAGUGGGGAGAACAUGCGGCUACAAACUCCCAGCAACACCUGGCAUUGCGUUGCUUCUCUUGUACCGAAACUGCGGCCCCCGUAACCUGGAAAGGUCCAUCAACACAGACUCCCGUCUCUGGCGCACCUUCGGAUAACAACCAACUGGCGUCAUUCAACGCCCCGUCAAAUAACCUAUCUCCAACCUCUCGAGUCAAAAAUCAGUCCCUGAAGCUUAUAACUUCAUUUGGUUCAAAUAGCAACUCUACAUUCCAGUUCCCAGGUCUAGCGUCUGCUGAUAGAACCCCCACCAACAUGCCCGGUGUUACACCCAUUGAUACUGGGAUGGGUGAUCCUGUAUUCUCUCCAGGUGGCUUUAACAAUAGUCUACGACCAGGUGGCCAUCGAUCUCAGGGCGCAACUCCAGUCAGUCGGUCUCACCCUGCAGGCUUCGGGAGGGAACGACUUCCCUCCAUCGGCGAGUCACCAAACGACCCUACCCCGACAGUAUCGGCUCCAAGGACCGGUCUUCCCGUUGUUGAUCCAGCAUCUGAAGCUGAUAAGGAAAUCAAGGUUAUUGACGUGCCUGUAGCACCACCUACCUUGAAUCCAAACCCGACCACCGCAGAGACUCUAGAAUAUUUGACGCCAGCGAGAUACACGCCCCUUAACGAGUCCAUGAAGGAGAAGGAAACGCCCAUGACAGCCCUACCCCCUAACAGAACUUUAAGCUCUUCAUCCAACCGGGAAAGCAAACUAGAGGCGGCACUGGGUCAGAAAGAUCGUAGCACGAAUGGCUCACAAUCUCGUAAGCCUGACGGGCUACAGAUUCAGUGGCCUCCUGCCGAUGACCAGUCCUCGGAGGAUCAACCCUUGGAAGAUAUGUACUAUCGACUACCGUCGUCAACGCGCCGAAAUGCCGAAAGAAAUGAUGGCGUGAUGAGCCCGACUGCCUCUACUAGAAGUGCAAGAUCUGGCGCAAGUAUACCACUAAGCGCGAAGAGUCUGGACAAAUACAUCAGCAGUCUUGAUGGAGCUGGCUACCAAUCCCACAGACAAAAGCCACACAAGAAAUCUGGCUCAAGGGCAAGUUCAAAGGAUCCGAAUGGACGUGGGAGAAGCAAACAGAGAUAUAUUCAGCCUGCUAAAAGAUCACCGUCAUCGCCAAUCCCCAUGUCUCCUGAAGACGUUGCGCUCUACUCAUCUUCCUCCAGGGAUUACGUUGGUGUCCAGCCGCCAUCGCGAAAUGGAAAGAAGAGCAGCAGGAUGCGCAGUAACAGCCCUGGAGGCAGGAGUAGAGUAUCGGGCCGAAGCACAAGCAGACGCCGUGAUUUUGAUUAUGGACUUAGGUCGCCAGCUUCCCCUAUUCCCAUGUCCCCAGCGGGCGAUGGCCAUGACAGUGGUGGAGACCCCGACCUCAAAUUUCGCCUGUUAAAUGCUGAACGGAAACAGCGGUAUAAGUCAAGAGAACGAAGUGCAAACCGUCGUCAAGACCGCAGUAGGAGUGCACCCAGGAAUAUUUCAUCCGAGCAAAGAAAUGGGACAGAAAGGGAGAGUGACGUCGGCGGAGAAAUGGCCAACCGUUCUGAUCAGGCCUAUCAGUUUUACCCUUCCAACGACGAACAGUCCCAACCACAGCUCCCGGGGUAUGGCCUUUCCGAUAACCAGUUAGACGAAUAUGGCAGGAAACGAUCAGCAGCAGCGGAGUUGGAAGCUCGCCGCCAGUCGUUAGCACGCCGUCCCUCAGCUCCCCCUAUUCCACUUCCCGGAGAGACAAGUCUCAAUCAAAUUCUAUCUGGCCGACCGUCACCUUCACCAGGCCCCCAGAACCACGCUAGAUCCAACAGCUCGUUCAGUCAAAGAGCCAUGUCAAAAAGCACCGGACCUACCCCUUCUAAUCUUGUAGAACGUGUGCCAUUUACCGUACCAAUUGGCCUCCCGGCGACACCUAGGGCGAUGAGGCAUCCAAAGUACAGUUCUGGAUACAACGACUUUGAUGCGCCAGAGGUGCCAGAGGUGCCUGAAGUGCCGCCCCCAGAUGCCUUCUAUAGUUAUGAAAGAAGGCCGUCGUUCAAUAUCCCUCGGUCCAUGUCUGCCCCUAUUCCGGUAGAUGACGCGAUCCCAACUCAUCCUCACUUCCAGCGCCAGCUUCCAAGUAGCCGAACGAACCGAGCUGCGAACCAUAAACGGGAGACUUCCAACGAGGGCAUGUUGCUAGAGAAUUCUCGAGUGGAGAACCUCCGAGCGGAGCAUACACGAAUCACUUCUGGCCCGUUGCCGCCUCUUCUUCCAGAGCUGCAACAUUUGCAUGCUACCGCCACUCCUCCUCCGCCACCACCACCUCCCGCACCUCCAGCACGCCAGCCGCCGCCUCCAGUUGCUCCCAUGCACGGCGAAGCUUCUGUCCAGGACGAAGGGCGAAACUCGCUUAUUUCGGGUGUUGGAACGAUAAACAUUGCUAUUGACGAUUCACAUAGCCCAGCUGUUUUCGGUCCCCCCAACCCGGGAUUCCGAGCUGCAUCAUUGCCAGCGCACCAACAAUCAUUAAACCAGCUAGAGGGUGGCAUGAGAGCAUCCGCAGACCCUCACAAACGUGGCCGAAGUGUUAACGACAACGUGCACUUCAAAUUCCGCAACCUCACUGACCGCAUGCGAAGCACGAGUCGACCUCGAAAUGGGCGGUCUCCGGCCUCGGAACGGCAAGACCUCCCUGAUGCUUAG